AUGUCUGUUCUUCCAGCACAAGCACAUACAGAGCUUGCACAGUUACUGUCUGCUCUGCAAUCCACCGACAAUAAUGUUCGUUCACAAGCUGAAGACCACCUGACCAAUAACUGGGUAAACACCAAACCUGAAAUGUUGUUGAUGGGUUUGGUCGAACAUAUAUACGGUUCCAGCGAUGCAAAUACCCGAUCCUUUGCUGCGGUUAUCUUCCGUCGUAUAGCUUCCAAAUCGCGCAAGACAGAUGAUAACAACACAAUCGAGUUAUUCCUGGUCAUCCCAAAGCAAUCUGCAUACGCCAUUCGACAAAAGCUCAUAGAGGCAUUAGGCCUCGAGAAGUCGAAUUCGGUGAGGAACAAGAUUGGGGAUGCGGUCGCCGAAAUCGCUAGAGAAUACUCCGAUAAUGGUGAACAAUGGCCAGAAAUCUUGGGUGUUCUCUCCACUCUAAGUUCUUCACAGGAACCAGGACAGAGGGAAAUUGCAUACAGAAUAUUUGCUACGACUCCUGGCAUCAUCGAAAAACAACAUGAAGAUACAGUACUAACCGCUUUCAAGAACGGUUUCCAAGAUAACGAGACGGCAGUCCGCUUGGCAGCCAUGGAGGCAUUUGCAUCCUUCUUCUCUAGUCUCGGCAAAAAGUCGCAACCAAAAUAUUAUGCCCUCAUCCCAGAAGUUCUUUCCAUCCUACCACCGUUAAAGGAAUCCCAGGACUCAGAAGGUCUUACCACAGCACUCGUCUCACUUAUGAAUCUUGCAGAGGUCGCCCCAAAGAUGUUUAAACCAUUAUUCCACAAUCUAGUCACUUUCUGCAUUCAAAUCAUUCAAGACAAGGAAUUCACAGAUCAAGCUCGCCAAAAUGCCCUCGAACUCAUGGCAACAUUCGCAGAUUAUGCCCCAGCUAUGGUGAAAAAGGACCCUAGUUUUGUCACAGACAUGAUCACUCAAUGUCUGAGUCUCAUGACUGAUAUCGGGGCUGACGACGAUGAUGCAAGCGAAUGGAACGCUUCUGAUGAUAUGGAUCCAGAGGAGAGCGACUUAAAUCAUGUUGCUGGUGAGCAAUGCAUGGACCGAUUGGCAAACAAGCUUGGAGGAACAAUCAUCUUGGCACCUACAUUCAAUUGGCUUCCCAGAAUGAUGCUCUCCGAGGCAUGGAGAGACAGGCAUGCUGCAUUAAUGGCCAUUUCGGCAAUUUCGGAGGGGUGCAGAGACUUGAUGCUUGGAGAAUUGAAUAAAGUCCUGGAGCUUGUUAUUCCCGCCCUCAGCGAUCCACACCCGCGUGUGCGUUGGGCUGGCUGCAAUGCUCUUGGACAAAUGAGUACAGACUUCGCAGGAACUAUGCAGGAGCAGUAUCACCAACCUGUAUUGACCAAUAUCAUCCCGGUUCUUAAAAGCGCGGAACCUCGCGUCCAAGCUCACGCAGCUGCUGCGCUUGUUAACUUCUGCGAAGAAGCAGAAAAGAGGAUCCUUGAGCCAUACCUCGAUGACUUAUUGACUCAACUAUUCCAACUCCUUCAAAGCCCAAAGAGAUACGUUCAAGAACAAGCUCUCUCCACUAUCGCCACCAUUGCAGACUCUGCAGAGGCCGCCUUCUCUAAAUACUACGACACCUUGAUGCCUAUACUCUUCAACGUCUUGAAGGCGGAUUCAACAAAGGAGCUUCGUUUACUUCGCGCGAAAGCAAUGGAGUGUGCUACUCUUAUUGCUUUGGCGGUUGGAAGAGAGAGACUGGGCAAUGACGCAACAGUAUUGGUGCAGUUGUUGGCCACCGUCCAACAAGGUCUUGUGGAUGCUGAUGAUCCACAAGCUCAAUACCUUAUGCACUGCUGGGGACGUAUGUGUAGGGUUAUGGGCACUGACUUCCUUGAAUAUCUAGGAUAUGUCAUGCCUCCUCUGUUGGAGUUGGCGAGUGCUAAGGCAGAUAUUCAACUUCUUGAUGACGAAGAUGAGGUUGAGGCUGUACAAGCACAAGAGGGUUGGGAGCUUGUUCCACUCAAGGGCAAAGUGAUUGGCAUCAAAACUAGCACUCUUGAUGACAAGCACAUGGCAAUUGAACUUUUGGUAGUCUACGCCCAAGUUUUGGAAGCCCAAUUUGCUCCUUAUGUCGAAAUUGUCAUGGGGAAUAUUGCUUUGCCAGGCCUCGCAUUCUUCUUCCAUGAUCCCGUUCGUGUUGUAUCAGCGAAGUGUGUGCCGCAACUACUCAACUCUUACAAGAAGGCAUACAGUCUUGAAUCUCCUCAGCUGAGCAAUCUUUGGCAAAACACAAUCCCCAAGAUUCUGGAGGUUCUGAGUGCCGAACCAGCUAUUGAUACACUUGCCGAGAUGUACCAAUGUUUCUACGAAUCGGUAGAAGUCAUGGGCAAUAAUUGCCUGACUCAACAGCAUAUGGAAUUAUUCAUGGAAUCUGCUAUUUCCGCUCUGGUUGAUUACAAGGACCGGGUCAAAGCUAGAAUAGAGGAACGGGCCGAUGCCAAUCGAGAAGAAGGCGAUGAGGACUCCGAGGAGACACUCUACGCAAUUGAGGACGAUCAAACUCUCCUUUCCGACAUGAACAAAGCAUUUCAUUGCAUCUUCAAGAACCAUGGCACCGCUUUCCUGCCCUCGUGGGAGAAACUUCUCACGACUUACUCAGCCUUCCUUUCAAGCGACGAUCCCACACAAAGACAAUGGGGCUUGUGUAUCAUCGACGAUGUUCUCGAGUUCUGCGGUGGUAUGAGUUACAAUUAUAUGGAAACUCUUAUCAAGAAUCCGUUGAUUGCUGGAUGUCAAGACCCUGCUCCUGCCAAUCGUCAAGCCGCUACAUAUGGUAUUGGUGUCGCAGCGCAAAAGGGGGGUUCACAAUGGACUCAGUUUGUGGGCAGUGCGAUCAAGCUUUUGUUCGAUUCUACGCAAAUUCCCAACGCCAGAGGUGAUGAUGAUGUCUACGCUACGGAAAAUGCAUGUGCGGCCAUCGCUAAGAUAUUGCAUUUCAACGCAUCUGGUGUUGAGAAUCAACAACAAGUCGUUACUGCAUGGAUCGAUACUUUACCCGUAGUUAAUGAUGAAGAGGCUGCCCCGUAUGCAUACGGUUUCCUCAGUCAGCUCAUCGAACAACAAAAUCCUGCAGUCACUUCUCAACCAGCCAAGAUAUUUGUUUUCGUUGUCCAAGCUCUCGAGGCCGAGACAUUGCAAGGCCAGUUCGCCAACAAGAUUGUUGAAGAUACCAAGAAUUUCCUCGCGGCAGCAGGCUUGAAUAUCGCACAACUUUUGGCGCAACUUUCCCCCGAAACUCAAGCCACGGUUCAAGCAUACUUUAGCUGA